ACGCAGAUCGGCAGCUCCGCUCCGCUCCGCUCCCUUCCGUCUCCGCCGCUUCGCCUCGCUUACCGCCGCCCCGCUUCCCCACGCCGGCCGAUGCGGGCCCUCGCGCGCGCCGCCUCCCUCCUCCGCCACGCUGCGGCGCGCACGCACCCGGCGCCCGGCGCCGCCGGUCCGCGCCCCUCCAAGAAUUUGCCAGCUCUCUGUUUCAAUGGGUAUUCUACUCUUUUGGCUCCGGCAAAUGAAGUCCUGAUUCCACCAGAACUUCUAUCUAGCAAGACUGUUUGGACACCAGACCGGGAGCUCGGCCAGUAUGAAGACCUGGUAGCUAGGGUGACAAACUUCCAUAAUGAGGACAAGGGCUUCAUGGUUUUGGAUGGUGAUGUCUUUGAUGUUCCAAUCAGGAAGGAUAUUGUUCACCGAGUAGUAAGGUGGCAGCUUGCUAAAAGACAGCAGGGCACACACUCAACUAAAACUAUCAGUGAAGUGAGUGGCACAGGAAGAAAGCCUUACAAGCAAAAAGGAACUGGACGAGCACGGCAUGGAACGUUGCGUGGUCCUCAGUUUCGUGGUGGUGCAACCAUGCAUGGGCCUAAACCACGAAGCCAUGCAAUCAAGCUGCAAAAGAAAGUACGGCGACUGGGACUUAAGAUAGCCUUGUCUGCUCGAACUGCUGAGGGGAAGCUCUUGAUCUUUGAGGACUUAGAAGUCCCUAGCCACAAGACAAAGAACAUUGUGCAGUACAUUAGCCAGAUGGACGAUACAAAGAAGGUUUUAUUGGUGGAUGGAGGAGACAUCGAUAAGAAAUUAAAGCUGGCUACUCAAAAUCUUCACUAUGUGAAUGUCCUUCCUUCCAUUGGUCUCAAUGUUUACAGCAUCCUCCAGCAUGACACCCUUGUAAUGACUCGAGCCGCUAUCAACAGAAUUGUCGAGCGGAUGCACACCCCCAUCAACCGCUAGCAAGGAGGAAUCUGAGUCUGAGACUAGUGUUUGUAGCAACUAGCAACUGUGCUUUACCCCUAAAGCUACAUAUUCAUGCCCUUCAGUUCUUUAUUUUCUGGUAGAAGGCAGUAGCUGCAACAUCAGUUUUUCCCCUUCUUGAAAUGCCACCCGUGCAUCGCUUGGAUUUGGAAUAAAAUUAAUUUUGGUGAAA